CGCGCCGGGGUCCUCGGAGCGCUCGGGCUGCGCGCGGAGCGGGCUCGGGAGGGAAGUCCCGAGACAAAGGAAGUGCCGCGCCGCCUCCGUCGCCGCCGCUUCGUCCGCCUCGCUCGCCGGGCCGCGGCCGCCCUAGGACUUUGAAUAUGUCGGGGAUCGCCCUCAGCAGACUCGCCCAGGAGAGGAAAGCUUGGAGAAAAGACCACCCAUUUGGUUUUGUAGCUGUCCCAACAAAAAACCCCGACGGCACGAUGAACCUCAUGAACUGGGAGUGUGCCAUUCCAGGGAAAAAAGGGACCCCUUGGGAAGGAGGCUUGUUUAAACUACGCAUGCUCUUCAAAGAUGACUAUCCAUCCUCACCUCCGAAAUGCAAAUUUGAACCACCAUUAUUUCACCCGAACGUGUACCCUUCGGGCACUGUGUGCUUGUCCAUCCUCGAGGAAGACAAGGACUGGAGGCCAGCCAUCACAAUUAAGCAGAUCUUAUUAGGAAUACAGGAACUUCUAAAUGAACCAAAUAUUCAAGAUCCAGCUCAAGCAGAGGCCUACACAAUUUACUGCCAAAACAGAGUGGAAUAUGAGAAAAGGGUUCGAGCACAAGCCAAGAAGUUUGCACCCUCAUAAGCAGCGACCUGCGGCAACAUCAAAAGGAAGGGAUUGGUUUGGCAAGAACUUGUUUACAACAUUUGCAGAUCUAGCGUUGCUCUAUACAAUUAAUAGUCACCUAGGGGAGGUGGGCGGGCGCCAUUUUCCAUUUCCGCCACUGGUACACAGUUCUCCACUUGCUGAAUUGCCCAGUUUUUCAUACAGGGUCUCUUCCUUCAGUCUUUUGUAUUUUGAUUGUUAUGUAAAACUUGCUUUUAUUUUAAUAUUGAUGUCAGUAUUUCAACUGCUGUAAAAUGAUAAACUUUUAUACUUCAAUGAGUCCCUGAGGAGCUAGUUCCCUUUGCUCGCGGGUGCAGGCAUGCUUCCCCUGUCAGAGCUACACUACCCUCCAGCUGGCUGUAAGGAAAGGAAUCGGCCUGUCCCCUUCCCUCGCGCCUCUGUCCUCCUCUCCGCAGAACCCGGGUUGUGUUGCUAUAAGCCUCAGAUCCAAAGUCAGCCAGCCUCUUGUUUUCGCAUCACUUCCUUUGUGUUUAUAUGGCGUUUUGUCUGUGUUGCUGUUUAGAGUAAAUAAACUGUUUAUAUAAAG